AUGGUACACGCGAACGCCGAGGCUCGCGACACAGAGUUCUACAUCACGGAUGAACUCUACGUCAUACAGGUUGAAGGGACGAAGUUCCGCGUGCACAAGAAGCUCUUGAGCGACCAAUCGGGGAGAUUCGCGGACAUGUUCGCGAUACCAACACCAGACAAUGGGGCUGGUUGCGGCUUAUCUGACGCAGAUCCUAUUAUCUUGAACGACGUCGACGUCAAGGACUUCAAAGCUUUCCUGAGUGUCAUAUACAAUAGCGCUAGACCGAACUUUGCGAUGUCGGCUGCUGACUGGCUUCGAGUGCUCUGUGUCGCGCACAGGUAUGACUGUGGUGGAAUUCACACUCGCGCCCUCGACGGUAUCCGCACCUCUCGCCUUCAGCCCGGUCAAGAUACGGACGCGCUCGCUUGUGCGGAGCAGCACAAUAUCGAUGUCAGACUCAUCGAUGACUCCGCCUUGAAGUACGCGAUCACUCGCCUCGACGCCCUCUCCGCUACGGAAACGGCGAACUUGACACCAGGGAUGGCGUCCAAGCUCUGCGCCGCACGCGAGAAGUGGGCUGUCGACAGCGCUCUACACAAGAACGCCCCGGACUUGGGUUCGGAGACGGCGUCCCAAGGAAAGCCAUGUUCGAAGUGCAAGGCCAGGUACUAUGCAGCGCCCAACAUACAGAGAAUCAUCGCAACUAUUUGGGGCAGAAAGGAAAAGGCAGAGGAUCUUGCGGGAGUGGCCUUCUUCUCGGAACCGUGA